AGGAGGAGAUACUACUGGAUUCCAACAACAACGCCUUCCCUUUUGGAAUGAAUGAUAUCGAUCACUUUGACCAAAAUACCCUUUCCAUCACCUCCCAGACCUCUUCUUCCUUUGAAGACUUCUCCUCCUCUUUGCCAUUCAUCUUUGACCAGCAAACCCUAAAUUGUUCAUCGUUUGGUCAACAACAUUUCCUCAACCCUUUCAUUGACCAUGACAAAUUACUGUUCUCUCCUUACGACAACACUACUACUGUUACUGCCGGCAACAUCAAGCUUGAAUCAUCGCCAUUGUUUGAUCAAGAUGAUUACUCUGUGCUGUCUUCAUUGUUGGAUGAUGUCCAAAACUGUCAUUUUGUACAUGAUCAUGUGGGGAAUCGGGUAAUCCCCGACCCGAAAGUGCAUGAGGUGGAGGAAGAGAGAAGGUACGGAUCCGGAUCCGGAUCCGUAUCGGGAUUCAACAUGGGGAAGAGUGGUAAAGCCUCUAAAGUCGAAGGGCAGCCAUCGAAGAAUCUAAUGGCGGAAAGAAGGAGAAGGAAAAGGUUGAAUGAUAGACUUUCCAUGCUUCGAUCGGUUGUACCAAAAAUCAGCAAGAUGGAUAGAACAUCAAUACUUGGAGACACAAUAGAUUACAUGAAGGAGUUGAUUGAGAAGAUAAAUCAAAUGCAAGAAGAAAUGGAUAUUUCCUCCAAUCAAUUAAAUUUAAUGAAUGCAAAGCCUAAGGAAAUAUUUAUCAGAAAUUCACCCAAGUUUGACGUGGAGAGGAGAAAUACAGAUACACACGUACAAGUCUGUUGUACAAGUAAACCCGAGUUGCUGAUAUCGACAAUGACGACGCUUGAAGCACUCGGACUCGAGAUUCAUCAAUGCGUUAUCAGUUGUUUCAACGACUUCAUGAUGCACGCUUCUUGCUCUGAGGAAAUGGAGCAAAGAGUAAUUUUAAAUUCAGAGGAUAUAAAACAAGCGUUAUUUAGGAACGCAGGAUAUGGAGGAAAGUGUCUAUAAGUAUAUAUCCGACGGUUCAUGACCUUUCGCGACGGUCGAUUAUUUUUAUUUUUGGAAUUUUGAGAUUAAAAAAAAAUUCAUAAGCUUUAAAAUUGUAAUUUGAGUGAUUAUUAUUGAGGGGUAGAAUUGUAAUUUUGUUAGACGGGAGA